UUCAUUCUGCGUGGAUAACAUCGUAAUUUUAGUCCUAUGUAAACAGAAAAAGAGAGACUCACCGACUUCUGUGCUAGCCGUCUACUACCAUAGUCUAUCAGUUCCUUCCCCCUCUCUAAGUCAGUGAUAGGUGAGAGAGAGAAAGAGAGAGACCCAGAGAGUUUAAUGUUCUCGUCUCUGCAACUGCUCCUGUUUCCUGCUUAAAUGAGAGAAGAUUCAAAGAACGAUGAAGGCAAAUCCUAAUCCUAAUCCUUUUCCUUUCUCUGCAACCCUUGACGUACACGCCAUUACAGUCUAAGAGGGAAUCCUCAGUUGACAUGUGACCAUGGUGUAUAGGUUUCAGUUGUAGCUAAGUAGCUUCUUCCUCUACUCUUCCACGACGCAUUCUCAGGUCCAAAAUAACCACCUGAGUUCACCGGGAAAUGACGUCAUAACCGGUCGAGGUCGAUCUCCGGUGUUUAGAAACGGUUUUGUUGAGGUUUUUCUUCUUGGGUUUCCGUGUCGCAGACACGCGGAGGAGGAGGAGGAGGAGGAGAAGAAUGAUAAACUACGAAUGGGCGGAUUCGUCGUCUCCGAUGUUAGUCUCCGUCGACGAUUCCACCACCCAAGGUUCCGACCAAACCCGUCAGAUUUUCGACCAUUACGACCAAAACAUCGCCGACAACCUUCUCUCUCCUCUUUCCUUUUCUUUCCAUCAACAGCAGAACCAAGCCCAGUACCAGAGCCUAUACGACUCCCUCUCUUACUCACACCCUCUGUUACCGGAAAUGGUCUCCGGAACCACCAACGCCUGCAUGGUUGUACCGAAGACCGAGAACUGUGGGUCAGGGUCGAUGACCUUAGAUUUCCCGGCGAGAAUCGGUUUGAAUUUGGGUGGUCGAACUUACUUCUCGUCUUCCGAUGAGGAUAUCGUGAAUAGGUUGUACCGCCGAUCCAGACCAACCGAAUCGGGGCCGUCUAAUUCGCCGAAAUGCCAAGCCGAGGGCUGCAACGCCGAUUUGACUCACGCGAAGCAUUAUCAUCGGCGACACAAAGUCUGCGAGUUUCACUCCAAGGCUUCAACUGUGUUAGCCGGCGGCAUGACUCAGCGAUUCUGCCAGCAGUGUAGCAGGUUUCAUCUUCUACCGGAGUUCGAUCAAGGAAAACGAAGUUGCAGGAAAAGGUUAGCCGAUCAUAAUCGUCGAAGGAGGAAAUCACAACCCCAACAACCACAAACUCAAUCUCAUCACGAGAGUACUCAGAAUUCUCCCUCUGAAACUCUUGCAAGCUCCUCUUUUGGGUCGGUUAUGAAUUCAUCGGCGGUUACAGUUGCAGUGUCGCCAGCAUCUCUGUUCUCGCAGGUGGGGAACUUUCGAUCGUACGAGCAGAGAGGAUUGGAGUUUAAGAAGUGAGGAGAAAUGGAGGUAUGUAUUAUCUGAAGCGUCUUCGUCGACUUUAAGAUUCUCUAAUAGCUUUCUUCUUCUUUGUCGUCGUCUUUAGAUAUGGUCUCAGUGUCAACAUUGAUAUAGCUUCUCUAUUUUCAGAAGAGAGAGAGAGAGAGGUAUCUGUUUCUCUUCUUCUUCUGUAACUGUAUGAAAUACGACACGCGAAUAAAUUCAGGGUUUUUUUUUUUUUUUUUUUUCUCAUUUCACAGUGACGGUUCUCAUUUGCUUUCCCUGUUAAAAAAGUGUUUUCUGAGUACUCUGUAUUUAAUGACAUAAUAGUUCUCGGCAA